GGGCCGGAACAGCCGCGGCAAGUGGCGGCGGCGGCAGCGGCAGCGGAGGCAGCUGAGGCAGCGGCGGCAAGCGGGGGUUCGGGCGGCGGCGGCGGGCCCGGCGGCGGGCCGAGGAGCCGGGCGCGAUGGAGCGGAAGAGGUGGGAGUGCCCGGCGCUCCCGCAGGGCUGGGAGAGGGAAGAAGUGCCCAGAAGGUCGGGGCUGUCGGCCGGCCACAGGGAUGUCUUUUACUAUAGCCCAAGCGGGAAGAAGUUCCGCAGCAAGCCGCAGCUGGCGCGCUACCUGGGCGGCUCCAUGGACCUGAGCACCUUCGACUUCCGCACCGGGAAGAUGCUGAUGAGCAAAAUGAAUAAGAGCCGCCAGCGCGUGCGCUACGACUCCUCCAACCAGGUCAAGGGCAAGCCCGACCUGAACACGGCGCUACCGGUGCGCCAGACAGCGUCCAUCUUCAAGCAGCCGGUGACCAAGAUCACCAACCACCCCAGCAACAAGGUCAAGAGCGACCCGCAGAAGGCGGUGGACCAGCCGCGCCAGCUUUUCUGGGAGAAGAAGCUGAGCGGCCUGAACGCCUUCGACAUUGCCGAGGAGCUGGUCAAGACCAUGGACCUCCCCAAGGGCCUGCAGGGGGUGGGACCCGGCUGCACGGACGAGACUCUGCUGUCGGCCAUCGCCAGCGCCCUGCACACCAGCACCAUGCCCAUCACCGGGCAGCUGUCAGCCGCCGUGGAGAAGAACCCUGGUGUGUGGCUCAACACCACGCAGCCCCUCUGCAAAGCCUUCAUGGUGACCGACGAGGAUAUCAGGAAGCAGGAGGAGCUGGUGCAGCAGGUGCGGAAGCGGCUGGAGGAGGCGCUGAUGGCCGACAUGCUGGCGCACGUGGAGGAGCUGGCGCGUGACGGCGAGGCACCGCUGGACAAGGCCUGCACCGAGGAGGACGACGAGGAGGACGAGGACGAGGACGAGGAGGAUCCCGACCCGGACCCGGAGAUGGAGCACGUCUAGGGCAGGUGCUGCAGACCUUGGGGGCUGCCUGCCACGCAUGGAGUGCCCGUCUCCCCGGAGGAGCCCAGGCGUCCCCAUCCCGUGGAGUCGCUAAAGCCAGCCCUCCCUGUCCUUUCAGAAGCCCUGCCGAGAGCCCGUGCUGUGAGUGCCGCCUACUGGAGACGCCUGUGAGGAAGGCUGUGCUCCUGGCUCCCUCCUUGGCCGUCUUCUCUUCUCCGGGCCUCGGGGCACACAGCUGGGCCUGCCUCACCC